AUGGAACGAGAAACGGUGGAAAAGCCGUUUUGGCGACGCCUUAUGCAUUACGGGCCCAUCAUUGCGCUGUUGCUGGUUUUCUGCAUCACUACGUCGACGCUGUUUUGCCAUAUACAAUGGUGGCCCCCAAUGUCCAGCCUUUUUGCGUGCGCCAGCCUGUUGUCCUUCUGUCUGGCCAGCUGUUGCACGAUGUCCAACUUAUUGCUUUCUUCAUUCGUCGGUCCAGGCUUCGUUCCGCUCGGCUGGACCCCGGUCUGCCAUUAA